AACAAGACAGAAAGCUCUGCAGCUGCAACUCUUCAACGCAAACUGGACACACCAGCCAUUAAAGGACCAUUAAGGAUUUCUUUCAACACGCUAAAGACUGUUUUAAACUGUGACUGAACCCGGAUGAAUUGAUCUUUUUGGUUUCUUUUUUCUUCAGUGUAGAAGACUGUUUCAAAGAACUGAUGUCGGGCAGACUGGUUCUUGUCCUUCUCCUGUGUCUCUAUCUGAAUGUGGGUUCAGUCAAGACACAGGGUUCCUCCCAGGACUCCUUUAUAAUCCAGUACCUGGAGAGGAGACUGUCUCAGAUGGAGGAGCGUCUGAAUCAAUGUGAGCAAAAGACAGUGAGCGUCACCCAGAAGACCUAUGACCUCUCCUCUGAAAUCAGGGGUUAUCUGUCCACGCUCAGUGUUCUGAGAUCAGAGGUGAGGAGCCAGGUGGACAGCGUUUCUGUGCGUGUCGACCGGGUGGAGAGAGAGUUGGAGUAUCUUGAAAACAAGAUUCCCGCCCAGACCGACAUUGAGAUUGAAGAGGCACUGCUGGAGCAGCAGAUAAAGGCCGCUGAGCUGGACCAGCUGCAAAAGAAAGCCAAGAUCAAAGUGGAUAAUGACUGCAGAACGGCGCUGAGUCAAAUCAAGUCCCUCAAGAUUGUGAAGAAGGCAGGAGACACCUACGGUUCCUGGUUCAGGGACCCCACUGAAGGAUCAGCUAAGGUCUACCUGCUCAGUGGAAUCCGUAACAACACCCUGCUGGAGUACGUCUCUCUGCACAGUUUCACAGAGAGGACCACAACACCACCAGUUAGGGUGGUACAGCUGCCCUCACACUGGCAGGGGACGGGUCAAGUGGUCUACAACGGAUUCCUCUACUACCACAAGGCAGACACUCCCAGCCAGAUCCUGAAGGUAGACCUGUUGAAUGGUACCGUGGUGGACAGUACACUGCUACCAGGAGCUGGUCGUCUACCAGUCUACAGUCUGAACCCCGACACAUACCUGGAUCUGGCUGUGGACGAACUGGGCCUCUGGGCCAUUCAUGCCGACCCUGAGUACGGAGGAAACCUGGUCAUCACCAAACUGGAUAAAGCAAGUCUGGCAGUAGAGUACACCUGGGAUACUCAGUGUAGAAGCCGUGAUGCUGAAGGAGCCUUCCUGAUAUGCGGGACCCUCUAUGUGGUCUACAACACACGCUAUGGAGGUCGCUCCACCAUACAGUGUCUCUACGACAUCCAUGACACCAUCCACAGCGAGGAGAGUCCCGUGAUGUUCUUCCCGAAGCGCUACACCAGCCACAGCAGCAUCCACUACCACCCCGGGGACAAACAGCUGUACGCCUGGGAUGACGGCUACCAGACAAUAUACAAGGUGGAGACGCGCAGAAAUGACCAAAUCACUGCAGAGUGAAGAUCCACCGUGUUGAUCCUUUCAUAAACUGAGUAUCUUGUAAUCUACUGUUGUUAUGGUGAUCAUUUGCUGGCAAUGGAUGCUAUACCUUUUUCACUUUUAAUCCUUCUAGAGAUCAAGAUCAUGUCCAGCCCAAGGCAUUUUUAUACAUCUUGUAGGCUUUUUCACUUUGUAUCACCACAAUAAAGAACAUUA